UCCAUAUGAGGUUCAACCAGCACGCCAUCUUCGUAUCUGAUCAUAAACCUGACCUCUUUCUUCUUCCUUGACCUUCAGCCACAGAGAGACAAACAAUGACUGCAUAAUGACAGUAAAAUCUGUUCCAAUUAUUGCCCACAAUAAGAACCCUGCUAUACUGUGUUUCAGUGGAGAUCGUACUUAGUGAUGAUAGCAUCAGCAGAGGUGUGGUCCACUCCUCCCAUCACUCCCUCUUGAAUCCUCUCCUCGCCUCUCAUACGCUGCACCCGGUCUGCCUCCAGCUUGAUGAGUCGGUCCCUCUCAUCUCUGGCCAAUUCCUCCGUCGUCUUGAGACGAUCCGUAGCCAUAGCCUUCCUCUCGAAGGCCAACUCUCUAACCACCCUGUCGUAGUCACUGCUACCACUUGCCCGUGUGGAGUCUGUCGACCCGACGGCCUGUGGCGGUGGAGGUUUGGGUUGAGAGAUGAGUCCGCGGACGUCCUCCCACUGAGAGUCCAGUGUCUCCAUUAGCUCCUCCGCUUCCCUCUUAUCCGACUGCCGCUCAUACUUCAUUUGUUUUGACUUCACCACCAGCUCUCUCAUGAUGUCUUUUCUCGAUUUUGGCGUCUCACUCUCCUCCUCCACCUCUGUCGCGGUUCUCUUUCUCUUCAAGAAACCUCCAAAGUGUGUUUGGGAAAUGUCCUCUUCUUCCUCUCCAUCGCUCAACUGGAUUCCAUCAAACUUUUCCAUGUCCCCAAGUGACUGACCAAAAUGGGUAAGACCCUCCUCGUUAUCAUUGUCUUCAAGACUGAACUUCCCGUGACGCUUCUACUUCUCUAGAAAGAACCGCUGAGCCAGCUUCUCCUCCACGGACAGCUGCCUGUCAUACUCACCGAACCGCUUGUCCUGAAAGACGCCCGCCUUUCCCCGAGAGCGGUACUCCUGCAGCAGAGUCUGUUUUCUCUUUUGGUCGGCUCUGGAUCUCGCCACGCCAGGCAGGCCUCGUCCCGACCGGAUCUUCUGGCCCAGAACGUCGUGUUUCCGUCUGUUGACGCGCACCUCGAAAGGAUUGGAGCUCAGGUCACUGCGCUUGGCUCUCUUCUUCUUCCUAGCCACCACUUCGGCGGCAGACACCUUGCUUCUUGGCUUUCCCAUUGGUGGCGGGAAAAGCGGAGGAGAACAUGGCGUCACAGCUGCUUACUAGCAACAGGAUUUCGACGGGCCUCCGUCGGGUGCACAGUCAGAGGAAGAGCUCACAGGGGAGGACGAAUGAGUACACGGAGGCCGAGGUGUCUGAUGCACUCGAAGGAGCUCUGUCUUCAGGUCAGGACCUGGUUCAGACUGUCAGAGAGCUCCUGGACGGUGGGAGAGCCAAGGAGAGAGAGGGUCAAAGUGCAGACUGGCGGUGUUCACUCACUGUGUGGACCUCCUCAACUCGGACCAACUCCAGAGCCAGACAGCCCAGGAACUGGUCGGGAAACUCCUCGUCGAGGUGGAGAGUUUGUCAGGGUCUUCUAUGGUGAGGGUGGCCGAGCAGUUGAUUGACUGCGUGAAGAGAGGAACUGUGGAGAAUGGGCGGUCUCUGGAGCUGUUUCCGAAGUUGCUGUCAGUCAUUUCUGCCCAACCUCACAUCCGUCAUCAGAGAGAGGGAGGUGGAGUGGAUCAAAUGGAGGGUGCAGAGUUCAAGAGCCACCUUCUGAACAGUCUCUGCAGCUGCAAGUGGGCCUCUAGCUCAGUUCUCCACGUGGCCAACAUGUGUCGAGACAUCCCCAUGUCUCAGGACGAACUACAAUUCCUCAUCGAAAAGAUACUGAGAGUGAUGGAGAGUCUGGCCUACGCAGAGCUCCCUCCACUGGCCUACCAGCUGCUGGUCCUCUCCACACGAGGCCACAAGAGUCUGGUCUUGGAGGGGCUCCAGUCACUCUUCAACACACUGGAUAGGAGGGUAUCAGCAGUAGACCAGAGAGAGCUGCUCCUCAGUGAAGGAACUGUCAUUCUCCACAUCACUUUUGCUCUCAAACAGGACCAGGAACUGGGGAGAGAGUUUCUGAAGGCUUUGAAGGUGAUCCCUACCCGUCUCUCCGCCUCCUCCCUGUCCCCCUUCACUGUGGCACUUGCUAUGUCAGUCGUCAGGAUUCAUCGCUUCGAGGAUGCUGUGUUUGAUUGCCUCAAGAGUGCCAUUCUGAAGAACUUCAAAGACCAAGAUCGCUGCACUGCUUCCAGAUGGAUAGAGACGGUGUCUGGGGAGUCUCCUGAUCUGGAGAGGUGUGUACUCAGGACAGUGGAGCACAGUAAGUGUGGCUGGGACCACGUGGUGGAAGGUCUCGUCGUGCUCGGCUUUCAUCUCAUGGAUACAUGUGCCCCCAAGACCUCCAACCCACAGCUGAGCUCCCCGCAGUACAGGGUCUGCAGUCUGGGCAGCAGGAUCCUCUGCCGCUGUUUCAAGGUUCACUCCAUAGUCCACGGAGAGGUCAUCAGUCAACUCAUCAAUCGUAUUCUCACCAAUGCCUCCACCUACGUCACCCACUACAUUGCCCUGUUGUCGGAGGUGAUAGAGAUGACUCCUCAGGUGGCCCUGGACUCCCUGCCUCGACUCAGAGAGGCCUUCAGCUACCUCUCUGUCCUCCCACCCUCCUCUGCCACCGACCUUCUCGAUGCCGUGCUGGUCUGCAUCCCACUGCAUCUCUCCUCUCUCUCUCUCUCUCUUCCCCAAUUUCACUCCUCUUCUAUUCUCUUUUUUCAUACAGCCUCUGGUCCAGUUUAGCUCGUCUGUGAGGGACUCUCUGCUGCUGGUGCUAAGAAAAUCUCUAUUCUCUAGGCAGGUGGACGUGAGGAAGAUAGCUGUGGGAGGCUACCUCUUACUGCUCAAGAAAUUCACAGUAUUGAGUGCUAUUGGAGGCAUUGACAGUCAGAUGAGUCAGACAUCCACCAGCUCACAGUCUCAGGUGGAGGUGGAGAUUCACGGCUCUGCCGGUCAGUCUGGCUUCCAGGCCCUCUGUCUGGAGCUCCUGGGUACUCUGAAGCGAUCUCUGUCACAGCAGUACGAGGUCAAGAUCACUCUCUACCAGGGUCUGUACGAGGUACUCUGCAGUAACUCUAAACUGGCUGAGCCCAUCAUUGAGCUACUACUGACUCAGCUGAUGGUGUACUAUGAGAAGGAGAGUGAUGCCACGCCCCCAGUAAGACUGGAGCCCUGCAUCACCACAUCAGGCAGUGAGGUCCAGAGAACUGAGCCUCUGGUGAUCGGCUGGUCCGCUGCCUGCAGAUGUGUGUGACUCAGUUUGUGAGGCGAGAGGAGAGGGGGGCGGAGGAAAGGGCGGAGCCAGACGGUCUCCCGGAGCCGGUGGAAGAGGCACGGGAGGUGCUGGAGUCUCUGGUGGGCAGAAUGGCUGACACUCAUCUGGACGACUUUGAGCUGGACCGGUCUGCUGACUUUUCCACUGGCAGUAGUGUGGGUCAGAAGAACCGGAUAUUUGCCAAGUUGGCCAUGGGCCUCUACGAGACUCUCAUGGAAUUCACCUUCACCAGUGGAGAUUUCAGUCCAGAGAGCUGUGAGCAGUGUCUCAGUCUGUUCCACUGCUACCAGAGAGUGGCCCACAUUCUGUCAGAGAAGUCGUCAGGCUCGGCCGGGGGGAGUGGUCGACGAGGCCCCGCCCCCUCUCCUCUGGCCAAGGGAGAUCACUGCAACUUGUCCCUCCAGUUCAUCGUCAACAUGCUCCAGGCUCUGUUUGUUGAUGUAAUCCCCAACCACCAGCAAGCUCUGAAUGUACUGAGAGACUCACUGGCCUUCGGGAGGUACAUUCUCACCUCUGCCCUCCAUCAGAUUCUCCAGGUGCAGGCUAAAGGAGUGUGUGAUGGGGUGUUCCUGAGUCGGAAUCCGGACAAGAUGUUUCGCUUGCUCUGUUCCCUGGGGAAGCCUCUUUACAAACAGUUGGAGAGUGGUGGUGGGGGAGGAGGAGGUGGACAGAAUCAGCAGGGCAAGAAGGACAAGGGGAAGUCCAUCCAGGUCCUGUGUCUGGAGGGCUUCUCCCAGCUGCUGCAAGUUGUCGACUCUCGCUACCCGACAAAGAUGGCCGUCUUUCUCUCUCGUCUCCACCCUGGGUGUGGGGAGACCUCAGAGACAGCAGAGAGAGUACACUUCUUCAUCAAACACUUCCAGGGAGUUGUGAGUGGAGUACUGAGUGGGGCCAACAAGGGAUGGGUCAUGCGAGAGGUCCAGAUGAUGGUCUCCAUCAUUACAUGUCUCUCCAGUCACCUCCCCUCCUCCUCCACUGAGUUGCAGCAGGUGUGCGAAUGGACACUGGCACAGUGCAAAGAACAGAACAUCGAUGACAGUCAUGUGACCAAGGCUCUGGUGGCUCAGCUGCUCACACUUAACAACAGACACAAGGAACAUGUCAAGAUGCUGAGGAAGUUGGCUCAAGAUGUUCACUAUUAUCUGGGAGAUAUAGAUGAGGAUAUCGAGCUGGAGUUCAGGCCACAUUUUGCCAUUGUCAACGCCCGAACUGCCUCGUCCAGUGUACUGGGACUGGUGUACAGUCACAUGGAGCAGGCCCUGGGUGACGGAGAAUGGCUCAUAGCACGACUGAAGGCAGAGCUCUCUACACCCAACCCCAACCACUCACAUGAUGAGAGCAGUAGUGUGGGAGGUCUGAGUCAGGCAGAGGGCCACUGCUCCUCCCUCUGUGAGAGACUGAUGAAUGUGGUGGUGGGCUGCAGUGAGCUGGUCCAGUCUGCUGUCUCUCCCGGGGCACCCACCGAGGGCCUACUCAAGACGGUGACUAAGCUCUACGAAACUCUUGGAAACAUGGCUAAAUACUAUGUGGCACUGUAUGCCUUCCUGUUCCAUAUCAUCCCCAACUUCAAGAAACUGGUUGAGAUGGUUGGAAGUCAUCUCUCACAGCAAGUCUAUGCGCUCAUCAACUACAUACAGGCUGCACAAGUGGUACCCACUGAACAACAGGACAAGAAGAAGGGAGGGAAGGGGAAGGGGAAGGGAUCAUCAGGGAAGACCAGUGUACGUAGGGAGAUCCAGCUCAUCCCCAGUCUCAUAUACUCCAUGGAACAGCUUGAGAAAUUUCUCAUCCAACUCUCCAAGAAAUCUAAAGUGAAUUUGAUGGAGAAUUUCAAGAGGAGUAUGGCACGUGAUUUCCGCAUCAACCACCAGGCUUUGGACGCCAUCUUGAAUGAGGAGGGGGAAGAGGGAGAGGGGGGAGAAGGGGAAGGAGGAGGAGAUGAGGAAGGAGACGACAGACCACCAAUGUCAAAGAGACUAAAGCUCUAACACUGUCUUUAGUAUAAUGUAUAUACAUGUUCACGUUUUCCUCACCUUCGUACUUAUUGCGCAUGCGCAUGCGCAAGCAGGGUGCCUUCGAUCUAUUUAUGCGAAUGCAGCACAACGAAGGAAAAAUCAACUGACAGAUGACGUAAACAUCGCCAGUAGCAGCACACCGAGUGGGUCUGAAGAUGAAGUGGUUCUUCGGCCGUCUCCCCACGCUUCCCUGUCUCUUAGUGUUGUGUAGUGUGUGUCUGUGGCCGUUGUUGGAAGCUCAGGAUGAUGACUGUCCGCCGGGAGAAGACUGUUUCUGCUCCCGUAGACUACGCCUUGACAACAGUAGUGGAGUCAUAGUGGACCAUUUAGGUGGCGGCGACUACAGAGCUCAAAACCGAUGCCUCUUUUACCUUGAGAGUGACAGGCCUAUGUCAUCUGUAAGACUGAGAUUCAACAGAUUUGAUCUCGAGUGUCUCUGGGACUAUCUGUACAUCUUCUCUGGAGACUCUCUCCACUCCACAAAGAUUGCUGCCUUCACAGGAAACUUGUUGCCAUCUCCUGAGUCAUACAGUAAUGGAGAUGUCACUCCCAUUCCCAUGUUGGAUCGGAAUGAAACCAACUCCACCAAUUCCUCCUCUGGUGACGACACGGAUCCCGUCCUCAUUCCAUACCACGAGCAGAGGGAGAUUGUACUGGAGAGUCCCGGUUCCAAUCUCCUCCUCUACUUCUUCACCGACCCCGGGCAAGAACGGACUGGCUUCAAUAUCUCCUACUGGUUGAACUACUCGUGCCCCGAUGAGUGUCUGGGGAGGGGUAACUGCAGUGAGGAGGGAGUGUGUGAGUGUGGGGAGGGGUGGAGCGGUGAGCGGUGUCAGCUGCCCUCCUGCCCCAAUGACUGCUUCACCACCAGCGGCCAGGGAGAGUGCGUGGAGGGAGUGUGUCAAUGUCAGUCUCAGUACACUGGUGUGGACUGCUCAAUCUCUCUCGCAAGUCCUCACUGGGAAACUAUGGACUACACCACAUCUGGUAACCUUACAUCAGCUCUACUGGCCAGAGCAGGUCACUCCAGUGUGGCCACCUCCACCAGCCAAGUCCUGGUGUUCGGAGGAUAUCGCUUCCCGACAGUUCGCCAAGAGGAAGGAGAAGGGAGUGGGGAGAGUGGGUCUGGGGGUGGUGGGGAGGGAGGAGGGGAGGAGGAGAAAGAGGUGGCAGGACCACAGUUGCUGCUGUACGACAUGACCUCCGGCCGGUGGGAGGAGCUGGAGGUAAACAAGAGCUCAGCUCAGCCGUCCCCUCGAUAUGGACACUCUGCGGUCCUCUACAAUGACACCAUGCACGUGUUUGGAGGUGUCCUGAUCCCAGAGGAGAGGAUCACCAACGAGCACUGGGUCCUCCACCUCCCCACACUCACCUGGUCACCCCUCACACUCUCCCCCGACCCCAACGAUGACGUCAUCGAUAAUUCAACCUCGUACAAUUUGACCGGUGUUGAUGAUGACAACAGUGUCGUCGUGACGACGGCCAAUCAUAAUACAGUAAAACUCCCGCUCCGUGUCCGAAGUCAUACAGCUCACAUGGUUUCCACGGUGAUGAUUGUAUUGUUCGGGAUGUCUGACCUCCAGCACAAGUUCUUCUCCUUCGUCCAGGAAUACGACCUCGAGUCGGGGGAGUGGUCGGUCCCGGUUCAGAACGGAAUGAAGCCCGGCGGCAGAAUGGGUCACUCCUCAGUGUAUGACGAGGACUCUGGACUGGUGUAUGUGUAUGGUGGACAGAUUGGGGACCGUGCUGUCGAUGAUCUACUGGUCUAUGACCCUGUGACUCGCUACUGGAGCAAGAGAGAGAGUGGUCCAUCUGCAUCCUACCUGCACACUGCCAACCUCCUGUGGGGCCAACUGAUGCUAGUGUUUGGCGGCUCUUGCUUCUCCAGCAAUCUCAUGAUAUACAACAUCGGGUGUGAUGAAUGGUACGAGACUGACUAUCUCGGUCUACCUGGAGAUGCUGGACGCCUCGGUCACGUGGCGUUUGUGGACCCAUCCACCAGCAGUCUGACAGUCUUUGGAGGGUUCCUGGGGCUACCUCUAGCUGACAUGUUCCUCUUCAACACAGGCGACUGUAGUGCCCACGCCGGUGAAGAAGAGUGUGCUGCAAAUGGAACCGUGUUCUGUGGGUGGAGUCAAGCCACCAAUUCCUCUGUCCCACUGGCAGACAACCCCACCAAUCUCCACUGCUCCGUUGAUGAAUGUCUGAAGCUGUCCUCGUGUGACGAGUGCCUGACGGGAACCAACUGUACCUGGACCAGUGAUGACAGCACCUGCAGAACUGGCUCUCCUGACCUGAACGCCACCUGUCCCUCUCCCUCUCUCGACUCCACGGUGGAGGAGGCUGAGAGGUGUGGGAGGUUCAGCAGCGGCAGUUGCUGGGGCUGUAUGGCCAGUGGCUGUCAGUGGACUAUAGGCGGGGAGUGUGUGGACUCCUCUCUCAAUGUAACAACGACCGAGUGCAGUGUCCCCUGUCCCAAGACCAACUGUUCUUCGUGUGCUGGCACUGACAGGUGCCUCUGGUGUCCCUCACUCAACUCCUGCUUCCCCUCCUCACACACUCAGUCCUACGCCGUCACCUUCCCAUUUGGACAGUGUCUUGGAUAUAGCAGCUCAUGUCCAGUGCCAUGUGAUAAUCACGUGACAUGUACCGAUUGCCACGGUGACCCGGAGUGUGGCUGGUGUCGGGACCCGGCAGACACAGGUCUGGGGACCUGUUCUCCGGGGGGCUUCCUCUCUCCUCUCUCCUUCUCCUCCAACAGCUGCCCCGACAAACACUGGUUCUUCGAGCAAUGCCCUGCCUGUCAGUGCAAUGGUCACAGUACGUGUGUGAACGAGUCGGUAUGCGAGGAAUGUCAGAACAACACACAGGGUGCCAACUGCGAUGAGUGCUCCGACGGAUACUUCGGCAAUGCCAAGGGAGGAGGCGUAUGCACAGAGUGUUUCUGCAACGACUACCCAGCGUCAUGUGACAAGACCACUGGAGAGUGCAUGUGUCACGAUGUUGGUGUCACCGGCCCGUCCUGCUCUGUGUGCGCCUCCAACAACUCGUACAUCGGAGACCCUGACAACUUCUGCUACUACGAGAUGUCUGUUGGGUUCGUGUACACGUUUGAGGUGUCUGACCCGCGAGAGAGGGAGAGUUUCUACCUCACGGUCCCGCCAGACGACGUCACACUCUCUUUCAAAUUCAAACUACGAUCCAACCCUGACGACAGAGAUGUGGUGGUCGAGCUAUUCCUGGGGAAAGUCUCAGAGGGUCUGUGGGUGUUGGCCAACAUCUCUGGCCCCAUCACUGUGAGUGGAACUGGGGAAUUCAGCAGAGAGCUGGACGACAGACCAGGCAGCCGCAACUCCACCUUCCCUCCCCUCUUCUCCUUCGCCCACCCUCGGUUCAGGAACUUCUCAAACUUCACCGACCUCUUCGCCGGUCGCCGGGAACGAGACUACACCAGGAAGAUGUGGGACGGAAACGUGGCUCUUGUGAUACGAGUCUCCAACUUGACGAACCCAAUCACCUUUAGGAUAACUCUGGACCAGACAAACCUCUGGUUUCUACUCUAUUUCUUCGCCACGUUCAUCAUCUGUUUCACGGGUCUACUGACGGCCUUCAUGAUUGGCUGGUACCUCAAGAGAAAGAUUGAGUUGAGGCGAUACAUGAGACAACAGUACCGCGACCUGCGCAGGAGAGUGGCACGUCCGUUCUCUCGUAUCAAGAUCAUCCUCCACAGAAGACCCGGGCACAAGAAGGCCGCGCACAACUCCACGUCCUACGUCUCUUACCAGCCGUGCAGGUCGGGGAAGGCGGCCGUUCUCACCUCCUUCAUCCACCUCCCCGGGGACUCCGCCACUGGCCGACCGGCUCACGGUCGAACGGGACUCUGUCUCGGAACGGCGUUGGUACGACUGAACGACAAGUCCACCAAGGACCGCGGCGGAGGGAAUGGGGGGAGGAAGAGAGGGAAGAAGAGGAGAGGGGAGGGGGAGGAGAUGAUGGGAAUGCAGCCGCAGAGCGAGCGACGCGAGAGAAAUGGAACAGUAGGAGACAGAGGCCAAGGGCAACUGACCAAUGACGCUGCUAGCUCAGCUUCUAACUUACAUUCUGUUUAGCUUGUGUGCAUGUUUUUUUAAUACCCACUCUCUCUAUUGUAUCUCUCCAUGUCACGAGCUGUGUAUUUUGGUUUCAUUUCUCUCUCCUCAGUUACUGACUUGUCAACAAUUUUUGUUUAAACUGUCCUGCUCAUUUUUCAUUAUUAUAAGGUGCGCUUUUCAUAACAGUUGUUAUGGCACAUACCAUCAAUAUAUAGUAGAGCUAUCAUAACAGCAUGAAAAAAUCUGCUUUUUGUUCGAUUUUUGUUUCGUGUCAGUGUCUGAGCAAAGUUAGAAACACAGUCCACAUACAUAAGCAUUGUUUCUCAUAACCCUAACGGUUGUUUCCCUAACCUAAUUGGACUCGGAAGAAGAGGUGGAGUCAUGCCGUCUCCGUGGAGAUGGUGAUCUUGUCUUUCUAACAGCUUUCCUUCUCAUUG